UCUCUCGCCUGAUCUUCUGCUCUCCGCGUCUACCCCAGUCGGAAAAAGACAAAAAAAUUCGAACAAAACCAAAAGAAACCCCAUGGGCAUAGGAAAUUAUUUAUUCAUCUCUGUUCUUCGGCGACAAAGGAUCUCACAUUUCAGACUAUUUAGUAAACAAGAGGAGGCAGAUGCGUGGAUUCAAUUUCAGCUCCGCCCUCUGCUUCUUCUUGGUUGAUCUCUUCAGGAAACCAUUGUUUUCAGGGGAUGUGAUCAGGUGUUUUGUGCUAUUCGCUAGGGAAAGCAGGAGGAGCAUUGUUGAUUCUGAGGAUAUUUUGAAGUUUAUAUACUUUGAAUUCUCAAUUCAUAGAGCGCCAUCUUUGGAUUUCUAGUUAAUUUUUAUCUGCAAAUGUUGAAGGAAUGCAGAAGAAUUUGAGCAAAUUGCGGGCUUGUUCCCUUGGGGGAAAGGGAAACUCUGGUUGAAUUGGUGGUCUGGGUUCAUUUAUUGAUUCGAAACUUCCUUGUUUGUUUAUUUAUUUCACUUCGUUAUUGGAGAUUGAGGGAAGAACGUAUCAAUUUCAGUUUUUUGCUCGUCAGUUUAUCCAUCGAUGAGAUGAGAAGGAUAAUAUGCGUUUGGGUCGCCGAUUUGGGAAGAGAUGAGAUUGAGAAGAAUAGGUUGUCUUAUGAUACAUGUCGUUCUUCUUUUCACGUUGGCGACAGGAAGCUCGAAAGGAGGCAAGAGAAUUGAGAGAUUCUUAGUGGGAGAUAAAGUUGGUCCAUCUUCUCCAGAGAUAGACGAAGAAGUGGCACAGCAGUUAUGGAUCAAAUGCAGGUCAGAUUUGAUGCAUUUGAAAGAAGCUAAUGAAAAUUUUGACUUAUUUCGUCUAAAGGAAAGGGCCAGAGGCUCCUCUGAGGUCAAGUCAGAAGCAUGGUCACCGGGAAAAGGAAGACUACAGAAAGCAAUUAAUGUGCUGCCUCCCCAAACAAAGCAAACUCUUUUGGGUUGCUUAAGAACUAAAAAUCAUCUUUCUCACAUUUCUGGUGAUGCAAAGGGCUCUAGGAAUGGGUACAAGAAACAUCUUGGGUCUCUUUCCGGUUGGCCUCACUCUUCUAGACAACAUAGGGGUAGUGGGGAAUCUUCUAGACUUCAUAAGGGUAAUGAGGUGCUUCAAAACAUAAGAGUAACCCCUGCCUUUGCCCCUCCAGUUGAUCCUCCUGCCUACAGUCCAGCACCAACUUCUGAUCCAUCCCCUGCCAGCCCUCGGGCUCCUGAUCCUGAACACCCCGUUGAACCUCCAACAAAACCAUUUUUUCCACCUAGUUCAGGAGUUUCAAGUCCGUCACCUUCAACUAUUGAUCAUUCUUCUGCGAUCCCAGAUUUGGUACCACAACUACCAUCACAAAAGCACAAUAGUAGCCAGAAAACUGUUGUUGUUGCUGUUGUUGCAACUGCGGUGGGGACGUUUGCUUUUGCUGCAAUGGUCUUUUCUUGCUAUCGUAAAUGUCAUAGAAACAAUGGUGUGUCCAAAGAUGGACAAAAGGAUGACAGGCCCUUGCUUACCUUAAAUCUAAGUGAUUUAUCUGGUGGUUCUUCCCAUAAGUCUUUUUCCUUGGGAAAUUCAAUGCAGAAAGAGAAGAUUGGAAGUCAAUCUUUUGGUACAAAUAGCCACUAUGGAUGGGGUUCAUCUUUGGAUAGCAAUUUGCCUAUAGAUGCCUCAAUAACAGAAGCUCCUUUGUCAGGAACUGUUGCAAGUUCCCCCAAUUCUUUGAAACCUCCUCCUGGCCGGGCUACUCCACCUCCUCCUGCUCCACCACCUAUGCCACCUGCUAUGAAUCCUAGACUUCCCCCUCCAGCCCCUCCGAAAGGUGUUUUCCCUCCACCCCGUGGACACCCACAAGCACCCAUGGGCUCUAAGUUGGCUAGACCUUCAUCUCAUAAAUCAAAUCAUCCAGAAGAUACAGCUUCUGAUGGAGAAGCCCAAAAAACCAAGCUAAAGCCGUUCUUCUGGGAUAAGGUUCUCGCAAACCCUGAUCAUUCAAUGGUCUGGCAUCAGAUUAAGGCAGGAUCCUUCCAGGUCAACGAAGAGACGAUAGAAACUCUAUUUGGGUACAAUGCUGCUUCUGAGAAAAACAAAAAUGAACUCAAGAAGGGGGCAUCGUCUUCUGAUCAUCCUCAGUACAUUCAGAUUAUUGAUUCCAAGAAGGCACAAAACUUGGCAAUUCUGCUGCGGGCAUUGAAUGUGACAACAGAAGAAGUCCGUGAUGCACUUCAGGAAGGUACUGAAUUGGAUCCUAUUGCAUUAGUAAGACAAUUGUCAUUGAUUAAUAUAUCUGUUCAACAUGUCCAGGCCAGAAUUCUAGAAAAAUUACUGAUACUCCUGAAGUCCUGAUAGAAUUACAAUUUAUAAGUGUCCAAUUUGCUCCUACUUCUAAACACAAUCUUAAAAAAAAAAAAAAAGGUGGAAUGUGUAUGUUCAUUUUCCAAGAAUCUAAAUGUUGAAUGUUCUUUAGGGCAUGUAAUUAAGAGCAGUCUGAAAUGCUUAAAACUUAUGGACAUCAGCUAGAAUUUGUUAGAUCAAGUUCUGUCCACACAAAUAGAUUAGUCUCUUCACCUAUUUGGAAUUUAAAGCUCAUAGCCACAUAGCCUUAUGAGCCAUGUGCAAGUAUGCAACUAUCUGAAACCAAAUUGUUUGUGAGUAGAUUCUUUUUUUUUUUUUGGGUGAAUGGUGAAAUGAUUGUUCUUGUUCUUCUCCUUCAUAUCUAUCAUUAAAUGGAUAUAAAGUGCACAUGGAGGCCACAUGGUAAACAUACUGUCACAUCAAUGUCUUAGCAAUGAGGUAGAGCUAGGUUAAAACAAAGCCAAUGCUAGCCAACCUAUGAGAAACCAGAAUCACAGUGAACCUAAAUCUGAGAAAUAUGGCAGAAACUUGAAGUGAAUAAAACUUGCAAACUACAAACCUGAUGAGGCUGAAAUUAGUAUAUCAUAGAGAUCUUGUGGUGGUGAUUAUGUUGUAAACAUAUCAAAGAGAACUCAUUGUUAGAUUAGGAGAUAUGAGCAUGAACAGAAAAUAGAAACUAGGCAAAACCAGAAAAUAGCAAGUAAAGAAAACUUGAAUAACUUCCAAUCCACCAGUCCGAUGGACAUCAAACUUGGGUCGUGUGGAGUAGAAUGGAGUAAGGAAUAACAAAUCAAAACUCAGCACAAUCUAAUGGAUAGAUUCUCAGGAAACAAUGACCGACCUUCAGAUAUUUUCCAAAAAAAAAAAAAAAAAAAAAAAAAAAAACCAUCAAUUGGGUAUGUCUUCUUCGACAAAAAGAGAAUCCAGACAUACGCUGUAAAAUACUCCCAUCGCAGACCUGAAAUAUUAUGUAAAUGAAUAGAAGACAAAAGUGCUUAGAGGGCAACAACAAAGAAUUAUUAGGACGCAAAACAAGUUUGGAGUUCACCCAAUAACAAUCCAUGAUAGAGAGAAAAUUUCUGGAAAACCUGCAGAACAGUAAUGGAACAAAGAGAAAGAAACAAGAAGAUGAGAAGAUAGAAGGGGAUAUGACCAAUAGGCUUCACUACAUAUGGCCUGCAGGAAAGGUUUCACCACCUGUCCCAAACCAAGGAUUCACCACUUGGGUUGCCACUUGCUUCACCACAAGGGCUGUGAUUGAUUCACCACAGUACACACACUCUCAUAGAUCUAGUUUUCCAAAGCAUCUAAUCUGUUGGCUAGUGUGUCCUAUGCUCUUUAUUUAUAAAACCAAUGUACUGAUUACUAGAAUAGAAACCCCUCAUGCGUGGGAACUACUUGGCUGCCAAGCAAAACUGGAAAGGAAUCCUUAGCUAUUAUUAGGAAAAUAGAAAGCAACUAAAAUAGAAACUUCUACAUAACAUUGCUUGUUCAUUAAGUAGUCUAUUACUUGAAAUUCGAAACUAAAUAUUUAGUAACCACUAACUUCCUUCUAAGAAAAUAUUACAGGAAACUAAGUUGAAGACUAUCUCUAAGAGAAUAUAUUCAGCAGCAUCCAAUCUCCAAGUGGGACCCACAAGAUACGAUCUCUCCCAUCAAGCCCAUGCAUCUUAGAAUAUUAGAUAAUAAAGCUGGUUGACAAACAGGUCAGUUGUUAAGACAAAACCAGAACCAAGGAACUUGGCUGGUUCAAGUGGGCUUCUUAGUCUGUGUAUGUGAUACUUUUAUAACAUUUGCAUAUCCAUGGAGGUUGAUCAAUCAUGCUUAAAACAGAGUGCUUGACAUGUGAUCUCAAAAUUUUCUUUUAUUUCCAAAAUUUAAAUUAGUAGUUAUUUUAGUGCCACUUGUAGAAUUAUGCAUAACACCCCCUAAUUAGUUGGUCUAAGGUUGAGAAGUUAUGUUUGAAUUUGUAAAGAUUUGAGAACCAGAAUCAGAGAAGAAGAAAUAAGAGAGACAAAGAGAUUGGUGUAACUUGGGAGUCACAACCGUGUGUUUGUGUCUUCCCUUUUCAUUCAAUAUAUAGACUACCUAUUACAUAGUCAUAACCCAAAUAGGACAGUAGAAUGCAUAAUCAAAAUAGGAAACUAACUCUAACUUAACUCUAACUUAGCUAACAACUAUCCUAAAUCCAAUAGGACACUAACAAAGAUAUAUCAAAUAUUAUCCCAUGGUAUGGAGGUCUAUGGUCACCAAUAGCCCUCCAACCGAUACAUGCUCUCAUAUACUCUGACACUCCCACUUAAGUUGGAGUAUACACAUAGCAACAGAAAGAUCCAGCUUGGAUCAACAAGAACUCCAAUGAACACAGAUACAACUCCAAUCAAUCACCAGAAAGCCAUCAACAACUCCAAAAGCAACGAAAGGCCUUCUAACGAAGGCACUCUAAGACCAACGAAAGCCCUUCCAAAAGAAGGUAAUCCAGUAUCAAUGAACAACAACAACACCAAAAGCCCUCCCCAAUGAAGGCACUCCAACAGAAAGUGUAGCUCCCAAUAGCUACAAUAAAAGCACUCACGAGCCUCAAACAGAAAUAUCCCUAAACAGACGUCUCACAGAAAGUUCCACAGAUAAAGAGGCAGCAUCAGGUUGCUGGGGACUAAACAACAUUAAGUUGUUGAAUAUACCAAAUAACAUCAGGUCGCUGAAUAUACCAUCUUCAAAAGAUAAAAUAGUUGCUGAGGAUACAUACGAGCAUAACGUUUUCAAACGAAAUAAUUCAAAUAAACAAUCAAUCAAAUCGAGAGUAGAUAAUUUAAAUCUCCCCCUCACGUGUAGCAGUACGCAAAGACAAAUAUUAUCCUACAACCACUACCACAAAGAAUCCUAAACCCAAGAGCACCACAAGAAAAUAAUUUCCAAUCUCCCCCUUACGGUAGCAAACUUGAACAAAUAACUCCAAUUACCACGCAUGAAGUUCCAAUUUUCCAAGAAAAAGUGCAAAUUCCAAAAUUGAGGUGAUCCCGGGCCCACCAAAGCAAUAAUUCGACAUCUAUAUGCCCAAUGACAAUUCUGUAAUUACUUCAUAUAAUCCCCAAUUGAUGCGGAACCCCAGGUCAGAAUACUCAAUUGGAUUCAGUAUGACUCCACUUUAAACAAUAGAACCCAAUUAAUCCAAAGUUGAUAGCAAUUUUGGUAAAUAUAUCAAAUUCUCAACAGGAAGUGGCAGGUCUGUAAUUUAGUUGAACUCCCAUUAAAACCACAAUCCAAGGCCAAAGGGUAAAUUGGGAAUGGAAACUAAAAUAAGGACAAAAAGAACUUAGUAGUAAUUGAAGGGUUAUUUAUGGGAACUCAAAUAAUAAAGGAAACUCAAAAUAUUGAAAAAGGGAAAUUAGAAGAAGGUGACGUGAGGACAUCUUCUUCCUCACAAAGCCAAUAGUCAUGACAACCAUCAUGAA